CGAGCUGGCGGCGAGCGCCGCGUCUCAAACGUUGAUGCUCCCUCCUUCCUCUUGCCUUCUGACAGGACCGACCAAGAAAAACCCUUGACGGCCCGGCUCCCUCACACGCAGACCUUGAAACUCGGUAUAUCGUCAAAGACAUGGCUUCCAAUCGCCCAUUUGUGUCAAUACAAAAAUUGGCGAGGCUAGCCUCACCAGCGCCUGCCAGAGCCGCCCCGUCCUCGCUCGUCCUCCUCCGUUCAAGACCAAGCCGACACCUUCCCUGCCUCGCAUCAUCUACUACCGCAACUCGCCUCGCCCAUAGCAUUCCACGACCACGCAACGGCUCCCCAUUCAUCCAACAACAAACACAUCAACAGCAGCAGCAGCAGCAACAGCAACAACAACAACAGCAACAACAACAAACAGCCACCAGCGCCUCCACAUCGAGCAGCGCCUCCCCCGAGACAACCCCCCCACAAUCAGGCGCCACCACCAACAACGCGGAACAACCGGCCCAGGGCCGCGACAUCCGGCAGCAGCCGCACUACGAGCUGACGUUCACGUGCCGGCCGUGCGGGACGCGCUCGCGCCACCGGGUGUCCAAGCACGGCUACCACCACGGCACGGUGCUGAUCGCGUGCCCGGGGUGCAAGAACCGGCACGUCAUCAGCGACCACCUGCGCAUCUUCGGCGACAAGGCCGUCACCGUCGAGGACAUCCUCCGCCAGCGGGGCGAGUCCGUCAAGAAGGGCACCCUCGUCGCCGGGGCCGACGGCGACGGCGCGGGCGACCUCGAGUUCUGGGACGACGGCACGAGCACCCCGCGCGAGCCCUGGGUCGAGCCCGAGCGGCCCAAGGCGAAGGAGGGGGAGAAAGACCUGCCGCCCGGCGCCACCUUCAAGAGCGUUAAGCCCGGGGAUAGAAAGGCGGAUGAAUGAAACGGGCGGGAGUGUAUAUAGCGACAGACAGGCGCGGCCAAAGGGAAAGGCGGAAGGAGUUGCAAAGUUGUCGAAGUGGGAUUGAGAUGUGUUCCGUUGGGGACAUGUGUACGAUGUGAUGGAUAGACUUGACGACAGCGUUGUGACAUGUCGCAUACCCGAGAACCG